CCUACCUUCCAGUACCACCACUCUGCGCUACCCACGUGACCUUUGUCACACAAGCUAAUCAACUUUUAGUGGACGAGGAGAAAUAGAAAGAGAGAGAGAGAGACAGACAGACAGAGUGGGUCAAAGAACUUACGACGCUGAAAAAACCACCUUACGUGGUUCUGUGGUGCUCAUUACACCGUGUGUGUGAGUGCGUGAAUAUACCAUAUUAUAUAUACAUAUUAUAUAUACAUAUAUUUUAUACCAACAAAGUUUACUGGAUUUGUGCGUAACACUGAAUAAGGAAUUUUAAUUUUAUUUUCAUCAGAUGUAAUACUACUUGUACUUCACCAGGAGAGAUUUCUAUUGCCGAACAAUUAUCGCGAUACUUUCUGUAACUUCAACAAUUCAAGACGGCAGAGGUUUAUGGAAUUUUAGGCGCGGAGAGCAGACUGGCAGUAAGAAGGGAUAGUCAACAAGGAAUAGAGUCUGCAUCAAACUGUCAUCACAUUCCUUGCGAUGUUUACCUUGAAUUCCCUUCGAAACAUUCGAGCAACAGCGACGAUAGACACGGGAACGCACAGUCUACACGACAGAAAGAAUCGAACAAUACUUGUAAAACAGACGAAAAUGGCCGAAAGAAGCAGGCAUUGUGUACCGAAAAGCAGCAUAUGUUUCAGACAUCACAGAAUAGCAACAGUUCUGUUAUGACAACGGAAAAGAUGCGUCCGCAGCAUCCAAAGACUUUAUCAAUUAUCAAUGAACAUGAGCGUUUCAACGAUGGUCUCUAUAACAAAGCAUGUGACCGAACACCAUCCCCGUGUAUUGCGUUGCCCAAGACACCGGUACUACCAACCAUUUUGGAAGGCGAAAGCACCAACAACACGAAAAAAAAAUCUGUCAACGCCACAAAUAGGGAUAUCACAACAGGGAUUAAUAGCAGUAACGAUAAUAAUAAUAAAACUUCACAUUCCACAAAAAGUAUUAAACCUAUAUCAAUAACAAACAAUGCAAUUAACCAUCAAGUACAGAGCAAGAAGAACGAUGAUAACAAAGGGGAUUCAUUUGAUGACAACGAUAUCAAUGGUGAUACACAUUUGGAACUACCUUACGUGGAUUUUGACAAGUUUUACAAUUUUGGCGACCCAACGAGCCCACCUGGUCUUGAUGGCGUCAAAGCAAUGGCGAACCGCUUAAAAUUGUCUACUAGGAGACAGAGUUAUCAGAAAUGGUGUGAAAAAUAUAUUGGUUCUAGUGGGGUUCCGCGCUUCCCUCCUUUAACUUAUAACGAGGCAACCGAUGGAAAAUUAACCGAUGAUCGGAAAGAAGGAAUAAACAACGCUUUAGGAUGGAUAAAAACAGAAUUGGAGAAAAUGAGAGACGUUGACCACACGUUAGCAACGCAGCUGUUGUCACUUCGUAGCGAGAUACAGAAGUUGAAACUGGAACGAAGCUGCGAAAACCACCAAGAACUUCUCGAAGACGUCAAAGAUGAAUUGAGCGAACGUGAAACGCUCUUGACUGUGUGCGAUAUACCGUACGAUAUGGACGAUGGAAAUCCGCUCAAGCAAAUCGGUCUCACACGAAUGAACAUCAGUAGUCGCCGUUUUUCUACGUGUUGAGGUUUACAUUGCUAUACGGUGAUUUAUUUUCAAGGGGGAGACAAGUGGUUCUAAAUUGACUUUUCGGAAUUUCCAUCAACAUCAUUAUAACCUAUAUAUAUAUAUAAAUGUAUAUAUAUAUAUAUAUAUAUAUAAUAUAUA